AUGAACGCCGCCUACUCCCCCUACGCGUCCACGCCUGCGGCGGACUACUACUACGACAAGAAGGACUAUGUCAGCCCGUCGCCCACGCCCUCGCCCCGCGGGCCGACCUACUACUACGGUGGCCAGCCCCAGCGCCCGGCGACGCGUGCGCACUUUCGGCACAUGAGCUCUGGUGGUAUGGGCGGCGGCCACGCCGCCGACCGCGGCGUCGGAGCCGGAGGCGUUUUCCACGAGUACGCCGCCAACACCUCGUCUUCGCGGCCUCCGACCUUCUCGCCCCGCUACACGAGCGAUGGCCACUACGCCACAGCCAAUGUGAGUUCAUCGCGCUCGGCGCAGAAGCAGUCGGCGACGACAACUACGUGGGCUUCCAGUCCUCGCACUCCACGGCGCGAGCGACGCAGCGCUUCCUUCUCCUACUAUCGGGCCUCAGACUCCAUUGGGGACUCCGACGAGGACGAGCUCGUCAAGAUCGACGGCGUCACCUAUGUGUUGCCUGCUCGGUCGAGAUCGAGAAAGCAGCCGCACCAGCAGCAGCGGAGCCAGUCCUACUACAUUCGUAGCAGUGGCGACCGCCCGAAGAAGCAGUAUCAUCGCGGUGACAAGCAUUACCGUGACGAUGACUACUACCACAACUACUACGAUGACGUCGUGUACGGGACUAACCACAUCCACCAUUUCGAGCAGGGCGGCUACGGUUUUGUGGAGAAAGACAUCGGACGCGGUUUUGAGUCGCCACGCUUCGCCGACGCCACCGAGGCUCGGCGCGCUACCCCUACCGGCUCCGCUGGUGGCCACGGCCACACCCGCCGCGCAUCCACCUCCAUGCCCAUGCCGGCCCGGCCUCAGACGGCGCGGCCUGUCAGCUCGCACUACCACCCUCCUCCCGCCAACACGUCUUCGGCGCGCAAGUCGUCUGCGGCUGCGCCGCCAUCGUCCCCGCCGCCUCGCCGGGCGACCGAGGCCGACGCAAAGAGGUGCCAUAUUCCGGCUGGUUACUCGCUCAAGAACUGGGACCCGACCGAGGACCCCAUCAUGCUCCUGGGCAGCGUGUUCGACGCCAACUCUCUGGGCAAGUGGAUCUACGACUGGACGACCUACCACCACGGUUCGACGUCGCCCAUCUCCGAGGUCGCAGGUGAGCUUUGGCUGCUGCUCAUCCAGCUGGCCGGCAAGAUCCGCCGGACCGAUGAAGUGAUGCCGCGCGUCCGCACCAAGGAGAACAAGGAGAUGCUCGAGGACUUUAUCAUCUCGGGCGAGCGCCUGACGGAUAAGCUCCGCAAGCUGCUCAAGACCUGUGAAGCGCCCAUGCUCCGCACCACGGGUAAGCGCGACAAGACACAGCUGGGCAAGAACGCUGGCAUUGAGUUUGUCGAGACGCUGUUCGGCCACGACCGCGAGAUGGACAAGACCGAGCGCUUCAUGCAGUCGGUCCGUCUCUGGAACCUCCGGUUCGACGCCAACUGCGAAGACAUCCUGCGCAAGCCCACCCAAUAG